UAGACACAAUUAGUAAUGAAGAAAUGCAUGCAGGUCAUUUGAUCAGAUUACACACCUGAACAAUUCAAGUAGUCCAGCGUUCUAAUCUAGAUGUCCUGGUUAAUAAUUUCAUAUUAGGGGAACGGACAGAGCAAGAAAAGACACAGCUUAUAAAAUACAAUAAAGUUGUGUCUGCCCCUGAGGAGUUACAUAAAACAUUCAGAUAACUUUCCUUAGCUGUAUUGACACACCAUCACAUGUCACGCGAACAAUUUCAUCAACACUAAAAUAGGCAGUUUUGUGGUUUAAUUUUAAGAUUUCUGACGGUCUAUUCUGCAACUCAGAAAACUAUUUGGGCAUAUUUCACUUUCACAAAAAAAUGUCUCUGUCCUACUUUCUUCCAUGCAUUCAAAUAUGUGACCUUGAACUGGUUAAACAGUUGUUGUGUCUAAUGCAUGUUCUUGAAUGGCUUUGUUAAUCUUCUUGUGAAGGUCUGUGUCGACAUGGAGCUGCUAGAAAAAAAUAAAAGCUGCUGGUCUGUUGUGAUUGAGAGAAAAUCCCUUUCUGUUGAACUCCACUAUAUAAAGGCAGAAUGUUGUGUUGAUCCUGAGACUUGCAGCAGCCUUCAGUGGUGCCACAGCAAGAUGUUGAACAUCAGUGAGCUACCUCUGCAGUUCCUGCCCUCCAGGGCCUCGGACCGUCUACUGCAGCCUUUCUGGGAUUACUUGCUGUUUUACCACCGGCCUCUCAUCUCGUCUCCUUAUUUCAUCGUCCUGCUCGCCUUCUCCAGCUAUUUCUUCUUCAGCAUACCUUUUGCUGCCCUCGACCUCUUGGGAGAAAGAGCGCCUUUAUUCUACCAGUACAAGAUCCAACCAGACAGGCGGCCAACGGUGGGAAUGAUGGCUAAGAGCUUCAUGACGGCAAUGUAUAACCACAUCUUCUUUGUUUUGCCAGCUGUAAUGAUGGGCACGUUCAUACUGCCCAUACCUACGCUGCCACAGGAUGCUCCUACUCUCUAUGAGGUAUUCAUUGAUGGACUGGCUAUGCUUCUCCUCUUUGACACUCAGUACUACAUUUGGCAUUUCAUACAUCACAAGCAUGCACAGCUUUACCGGUGGAUUCAUGCAAUCCACCACGAAUACAUGGCGCCUUUUUCUUGGUCGACUGAGCAGCUCAGCAUCCCAGAGCUGAUGACUGUUGGACUCUGGAGCAACCAGGACCCCAUUCUUUUAAAGUGCCACCCGAUGACCACGUGGGGCGUCACAGUUUUCAGUAUCUGGAUGUCUGUGGAGGACCACAUAGGCUAUGACCUGCCAUGGACCCUCAACCACCUGGUGCCUUUUGGCCUGCUGGGCGGUGCACCGGCUCAUGACAUGCACCACCAGAAGCCGAGCAGCAACUACGCUCCUUUCUUCAGCCACUGGGACCGAAUCUUUGGCACCGCCGUCCCUCUGAAGAAAAAGACUAUUAGAAAAUAAUGAAUGCAAUGCAAAUACUGCAUGUUUUCUUUUUCUUCUGACGUUAUUGUCACAAUUGUUUUAGCACAAUCCAUUGUUUUUAUAUCUUUACUAUUAAUACUGUUUGCUGCUCCUCCAGGUUGUCUUUGUGAGGCUAUGUGGGGUAAAAGUUGUGUUUUUUUAUUAUGGCUUUUCGUUCAAUAAAAUCAUUAUGUUUGCAAAGAUUAUUACAAUAUUGUUUCUAUAAUGGACUAAAAGUCAUAUACAUGUUGACACAUUAAAUACAUUAUUCUCCAUGCAUGUCCUGUAUAAUCACACUACAUGCAAGUCGGAAACCGACAGUAAUUAGUUACAGCAUUCCUGUCAACAACUUCCUGUUCUUGCUUUUCUCACAAUCUUCUUACAUAAUGGAAAAUCUUUGAAAGAGCAUUACUCAGCAAUAUGUUUGCUUACAAAUCCCACGAAGAAAUAAGAAGCUUUUGAACAAGACAAACAAGUACUGUUUGUCGGGCUUGUCACCAAGAGGUCAAGUAUAGUACAAGGGGGAAUUAAGGAAAACCCAGAGAAAGUGCUGAGCUGUGACUGGAAGUGUGCAAGAAUGUUGAAUUCAUUAUAAAUAAAUAAAAAAUGACAUCAAAAAGGGGAUAAAAAUGAUGGGAAUACUGGUGCAUGUGGAGGCCAGUAAUGAUAUUUACUAUCAAAAAUACGUGUCUAUGUUGAACUUUACGGUUCAUUCUUGACCAUGGA